AUGCAGAGUAGCAACGAGACAAAUGCAUCUUCAAAUGCAAGUGGAUGCAGAAAGGUUACUUCAUGCACGUCAAUGGAUAUACAACAACAAAUUUGUAGAUCACAACUGAGCAUUCCACUUCCCGGAGUUUCAAAGGAUAUGGAUUCAAAUUUCUUAUCCAAACCGAGGGAAAAAACUUCAGAAUCUGAAGAUCUUGAGCUAGUCGGGCUCGGGUCUCCUUUGAGUUUGUCCAAUUCUAGUGUCGGUGAUGCUCAUACAUCUCCACAUUCUGCUACAUCCGUGACUACAGAUUUAGGUUUGGGAACAUACUCUGCAUCUACAAUUAGGGAACCGAAGAAACCCACAAAUCAGACUACAGAUCUUGAUUUGGCAACUGUGAGUACCUUCAACCAUCCAGCUCAAUCUUCAUCGGGCUCUUGUCUUGUUUUUGACAGGCAGUUUGAUCAGAGGGAUUUCAAGAUGCUGUAUAGGGCGCUGAGUGAAAGGAUCAGCUGGCAAGAGGAAGCGGUAAGUGCUAUUAGCCAAGCAAUAGCUCGUUGCAGGACAAGAAAUGAAAAGCGCUUUGGUGCAACUGUGAGAGGAGAUAUAUGGUUCACUUUCCUUGGACCUGAUAGCUUCAGUAAGAGGAGAAUUGCGUCUUCCCUCGUUGAGAUAUUAUACGGAAAUAGGGGAAACUUUAUCUCUGUGGAUCUAAGUUCCCAAGAAUUGAAUGGUUAUGAUGUGAAGUUCAGAGGAAAAACUGUGGUUGAUUAUGUUGUAGGGGAAUUGAGCAAGAAACCGUUGUCUGUUGUGUUCCUUGAAAAUAUUGACAAGGCCGAUGUGAUCACUCAGAAUAGCUUAUCACAAGCCAGGAGGACUGGAAGAUUUUUGGACUCAUAUAGAAGAGAAGUAGUUAUCCAUAACACGGUCUUUGUGACAACCUCAAGAUUUAAUUGUGUGUUCUUGUUUAUGAGAUAUGUGGUUAAUGGUAAUAAGAUAUGUGGUAAUGGUUAUGAGAUGCGUGGUAUUGGUUAUGUGAUAUCUAGUAUUGGUUAUGAUAUUUGUGGUGUUGGUUAUGAAAUAUGUGGUAUUGAUUAG